AUGGAGCUGAGGGCGGCCGCGGCGCUUUGCCUCUGCUGCCUCUGGAGCGCCUGCCGCCUCCGCUACGGGCAGCUGGACGCCGCGGUGGUUCGGCCCCUGGCAGCGGCCAGUGACGCGGAGGCAGCGGCGGCCGCCCCUGGCCUCUGGAAGUCAAAGCCCGGCGAGCGACUGAACGGGGUCGGCGGCAUGUUCGGUAACGGCACGGUGGUGCCGCAUGACUACAUGGUCGCGCUUUACCGCCGCCUAGCCGGGGGUCAGGGUCCCCCCCGGCCGAAGGGGGAGAUCAGCGAUGCCCCGGGGAAUCGACCCAACACCGUCACGGGCUUCGCAGACCAGGCGUGGGCCGGGCAGCGAUACCUCUUCGACAUCUCUACCUUGGCUGAGGCGGACGAAAUCGUAGGGGCUGAACUGAGGAUCCUGCGAAAAGCCGCCGGAAACAGGAGCUUGGCUUCGUCCCCAGAAGGGAUGCUCCACCGCCUGCUAGUCUCCGCUUGCCCCGAUCAUGCAGGAGGCCGGGAGCCGGGCCUUUGGGACUCCAGAGCGGGAGAUCUGCUGGGCUCCGGCGACGCAGCUCCGCACCAAUGGGAAGUCUUCGACGCCUGGGCAGCCUUGAGGCCCUGGGCAGAACCAGGCGGCCGUCCCCAGCGCCCGUCCGUGCUCUGCUUUUGGCUAAGGGUCGUCUCGGCCCAGACCGGGAAGCUCCUGUCCCCCCGGCAGCUGGGCUUCGGCCGGGAGCAGCCCUCGCAUCCCCACGAGAGGGCCCUCCUGGUGGUGUUUUCUCGCACCAAGCGGAAAGACAACCUGUUCAAGGAGAUCCGCGAGAAGAUCCGGACUCUGAGCGGCGGGUCCGAGCUCCCGCCGGGGUCCCACGAGUUAAGCCCAGGCGCUCUGGCCCAACAGAAACGGCGGAGGCGGCGGACGGCGCUGGCGGGCCGGGCGGCGGCGGCGGGCGGGCGAAGCCAGAGCAAAAAACUCAGGAGCCGCUGCAGCCGCAAAGCGCUGCACGUCAACUUCAAGGAGCUGGGCUGGGACGACUGGAUAAUCGCGCCCCUGGAUUACGAGGCGUACCACUGCGACGGCGUGUGCGACUUCCCGCUGCGCUCCCACUUGGAGCCGACCAACCACGCCAUCAUUCAGACGCUCAUGAACUCCAUGGCCCCCGACUCCACCCCGCCCAGCUGCUGCGUGCCUUCCAAACUCACCCCCAUCAGCAUCCUGUACAUCGACUCCGGCAACAACGUGGUUUACAAACAGUACGAGGACAUGGUGGUGGAGAGUUGCGGUUGCAGGUAA